GCCACCCCCUAUGUUUAGAUAAGGUCCGUUUGUUUCCGUCCUUUUUGGGUACCAGAUUGACAAUGGCGGCGAUUGAGGCCGCAGUUCCCAUCUUCUCAGUCUACUCUUAUUCUCCCUCUAAGCUCGCGUUAUCCCCUAAACAGUUACCCUUCUUACGAGUCCAUGUAACCAGUUCCAUCCCUACUCGUUUUCGUAGUUUCUCUCUCUUUCCUUUCCCCUUCGUCCGCAACCACCUCACGAAAAACCACCACUGCUUUAAACAGUCUUCUGCGCUGCAGGAGGUCGUGGUAGAAGAGCAAACUGAGCAGACCGUGGAGCUAAACCAGAAGAGAAAGCUAUAUGUGGUCAAUCUUCCCUGGUCUCUCUCCGUUGUUGACAUGAAGAACCUCUUCGGCCAGUGCGGAACUGUAAAAGACGUUGAGAUAAUAAAGCAGAACAAUGGGAAGAGCAGAGGCUUUGCUUUCGUGACAAUGGCGUCUGCCGAAGAAGCUCAGGCCGUGAUUGAUAAAUUUGAUUCUCAUGAAAUAUCGGGUCGGAUAAUAAGGAUACAGUUUGCUAAGAGAUUCAAGAAACCUUCUCCACCACAUCCUCAAGGUCAUCUUGCUGGAGAGACACACCAUAAACUUUAUGUGUCUAAUCUUGCAUGGAAAGUAAGAUCCACCCAUCUCAGAGAUUGUUUUGCUGAAAACUUCAAACCAGCUUCAGCCACGGUUGUCUUUGAUGCCGGGAAACCUGCUGGCUAUGGCUUUGUCUCUUUUGCUUCACAGGAGGAAGCAGAGGCUGCAAAAUUUGCUUUGGAUGGGAAGGAACUGAUGGGCAGACCCCUUCGUCUGAAAUUCAGUCAAAAGAAUGUUGAUGAAGCUGGAAGUGAAAAGGAAGAAGCUGUAUCUGAGGAUCCACAGGAAGAGCUGUAGAUCCAUAGACAUCCUUUGUUGAUCUCAAUCCUUGGGUGGCUGAUUAAGAGUAAUCUGGCAGAAGCUGGAAUCUUACACUCAAUCACUCAAUUGCCCAUGAAAAGUGAUGGAAGGUCUUAUCUUUGGUCUGAACAUUUUUGCCUUCAUAAACUUCUCCAUUUGAAUUUUAUGAGUACCGUAUUCUAACAGUUCGCUUUUUUUUUUUCCUUACUCAUGCAUCUUCUUGUUUUUGUCAAUUUGCUGAAUGCAUGUUACCUGUAUUAUUUUCA